CCAACGCCAGCCUCAGUCUGGAAACCGGUAUAAAUAUGGCGAAGGAAUUCGCUCGGUGUGUGAUCACAGCCAGACUACCACGGUCUAUAGCAACGAAGAACAAGUAACUCGAGCAACAUGACUAAAGGCCGCGCUUCGCUCAGCGCAACCGUCGAUGAAAUCAUUGGAUAUGUCCAGCCUUGGAUCAUCUCCCCAGGGGACACGGCGGAGGUGAAGAUUUCCUCUACACGCCCCUCCCUCCAAUAUCGCCUUGUCCGUCUCCUGCAGGGGCUGAAAGUCCACAAUGCACCCCCAGUGAAGAAAGAAGUAAUUGAAGAGGGUCCGAAAGGACAGUGUAGCGGCCGGUUCCAAACGGCAUUUCCAGGCUCCUUUGGCGAAGUGGCUAGAUGGCCCCAGGAAAUGCGUCUACAUCCCCUCGAGGGGAUUCAUGUCAGUCUUUUCUUCGAGCCGUGGAAGCUUGACCACGAGUACAUCCAAACACUGGUCUCCAACCUCGACGUGAAGAGCGCAACGGGUUUCAGCCUUUCCAUUGAUAUAGAGCAGAAACUGCUCAUCCUGAUUGGGACCGGCACCCGGGUUGAGUCGCUCACUGUUCCCUUCUCGCCGCGCUGCCAGCGAUGGUGCUCCUUGGAUCUCCAGAUCGACCGCCAACGGGUUGAUCUGACAAUAAAGCAUCUACCAUACCACCUAGAACCUGCUCCAGACCCCGCCGAGCUCCGGGCCACUCUGUCCGAAGCGGCCAAUCUCAACUCUCCCAGGACCCUCCUGUUCGCCGCUGAGCAUGACGAGAUCACUCCGUCCGGCGCCGUUCACCCAAAACACUUCUUCAAUGGCCGAUUGGAUUCGCCGUGCCUGCGGUCUUUAGGCUCUCGCCCACGAGACCUGGCAAUCUAUGACUUCUCGAUUGGUAUCUCCACCGAUGAGAUUAUUGACACGUCGGGGUCCGGGUUGAAUGGUCGCCUUGUCCAUGCUCCGACGCGAGCCGUUCGCGGUCAUGAUUACGAUCACAAUCUGAUCGGAAAGAGCUGGGAAGCAGCGACAUAUGGAUAUGGUGCAAUCCAUUUCCACGAGGACGACUUGGAUGAUGCAGACUGGGAGACGGACUUCUCCUUUGCCGUCCCAUCGGGUCUUCGUUCGGGCGCGUACGCUAUCGAGGUUGAAGACACCGAGGGCUCUGUCAGUGACUCGAUUGUCUUUUUCGUGCGUCCAAGUGCUCUGCGUUCUCAUGCAAGAACGGCAUUUGUCUUUUCCACUUUUACAUACUUGGCCUAUGCCAACGAACAUAUGUACGACGACAGCAAGCCCACGCAUAUUUCUUUCCCAGAAGGGGUGCAGCUACUCAAGUCGGUGAACUAUGAGCGCAUGGUUCGCCGAAGUGAUCUGGGCUUGUCUAUCUACGAUAUUCACAGCGACGGAUCGGGCAACGUGUUCAGCACCUCGAAGCGCCCUAUUCUUAAUCUGCGCCCCGAUUAUGUUCACUGGGGAUUUGAACGCCCGCGGGAGUUCUCAGCGGACUUGCUCAUGGUGGGCUUCCUGGAGGAGAAGCUAGGCGAUGGCUACGAUAUUCUGACGGAUCAUGAUCUUGACCUCUACGGACCUUCUGUCUUAGCGAGCUACGAUGUAGUUAUUUCAGGCUCACAUCCAGAAUAUCCCUCACUCCGUUCGUUGGACGCGUAUGAGGGCUUCGCCAAGCUAGGCGGAUCCAUAAUGUAUCUUGGUGGAAAUGGCUUCUACUGGCGCUCUUUGAUCGAUCGCAAGCGACCAUGGCGCAUGGAGGUGCGCCGCGCCGAUGUAGGCGCCCGUACGCAUGAGCUCCCAUACGGAGACCGCUGGCAUGCCCUGGAGUGCGUCCAGGGAGGUCUUUGGCGAUCCAUUGGCCGCUCGCCCAACGAGCUGUUUGGCAUUGGCAGUUGCGCCUCGGGUAAAGGCCCCGGUCGACCGUUCCACCCUUCCACCACCUCCACGACCAACCCACAGUUCAGCUGGAUCUGGGAAGGGAUUGACACAAAGGCUAUGCUAGGCAAGGCUGGACUCGCUGGAGGGGCUAGUGGCGACGAGCUGGACCGCGUUGAUUAUGGGAUUGGCUCGCCGUUGAAUACCGUUCUUGUCGCGCGCAGUGAACGCCACGAUGACCACUUUAUGCUGUUCAAUGAGGAACUGAUUUUCCCCAUGAUUGGCACCCUCGGCUCUACCUCCGAGAUGGUGCGCAGUGAUAUUGUCUAUUAUGACACCAACCGCAACGGGGCUGUCUUCAGUGUGGGCAGCAUCAAUUGGAACAAUUCCUUGGCCUGGAACAACUAUUCGAAUGACAUUGCACAGAUGACGAAGAACGUUCUCAGGAAAGUCCUAUCUAGGGCGGAAGAGGCACGCACGCGUAAGUGA